CUCAAAUGGUGCACAAACACUCUCCGUGCAGUGGAGGCUACCGCAUCGCCAGACGCGGUGGAAGAAGCACUGGAGUUUCUGGAUGAUGUGAUGGAAGACGCAACGGAUGUUUAUGAUGGGCAACUCUUGAUUGAUUUGGAUAUGGCUAACAAUAAAGAUAUUGAUGAUGGGAAGACCGUGACGGGAAUGAUGGACAAGAUGCAGGAACGCGAGCAACAACUGGAAGAUGCUUUCAAUGAGAUUGAGAUUCGGGACAAUGCACUGGAGGCUCAGGAACGCGCCUUGGCACAACAACGUGCGGACAAUGCGGCACUGCAAGCACAGCUCGCUGCCCUCCAGAGUCAGGCCAGCCAUCCACCCACCAUGAUGAGUCCGCCUGCUCUCACUCCACCCCACAACAAUCGCGUGUCCCCUGACCGUCAAGCAGUGAACCCACCGGUCAGAUCUAGCAACAGAACCUUAGGCAAGUCAUCCACUGGGAAGAGCUCUAUUGUUCCCAACACAGUGACAAAACCAAAGAAGGCCAUCAAGCAGGGCAAACCUAAACAACCAGCCAAGAAGGCCCGUACAAGUGCAGGUGUCCAAUUUCAGGAACCGUCUUCUGCCCAACCCUCGACAGCCUCGGCUGUCCAAGUAGACACGUCUCACAUGGAAGGGGAAAACACUACUGCCGCAUCUCAAGAUGAGAGCCAAACCUCCUCUCUUACUGCGUCUACUCCACAAGGUGGAGGGUCUCCAUUCUUCUCUCCUCCUCCUGGGAAGGCGCACAGUGAUGGCGCCAGUAAAUCCUCUCGGUCCUCCCGCGGAGCUCCCCGCUCCACGGAGGGGCCAUGA